GACAGCAACGCCCGCGAGUUCGAGGAGGAGUCCAAGCAGCCCCCGAUGUCGGAGCAGCAGCGGCACCAACUCAAGCACCGGGAGCUGUUCCUGUCCCGCCAGUUCGAGUCUCUCCCGGCCACCCACAUCCGGGGCAAGUGCAGCGUGACGCUGCUCAACGAGACCGACAUCCUGGGGCAGUACCUGGAGAAGGAGGAUUGCUUCUUCUACUCGCUGGUGUUCGACCCCGUGCAGAAAACCCUCCUGGCCGACCAGGGCGAGAUCCGGGUGGGCUGCAAGUACCAGGCCGAGAUCCCCGAGCGCCUGGCCGAAGGUGAGUCAGACAACCGGAACCAGCAGAAGAUGGAGAUGAAGGUGUGGGACCCCGACAACCCCCUGACGGACCGGCAGAUCGACCAGUUCCUGGUGGUGGCUCGAGCUGUGGGGACCUUCGCCCGUGCCCUGGACUGCAGCAGCUCCAUCCGCCAGCCCAGCCUGCACAUGAGCGCGGCCGCGGCCUCGCGGGACAUCACCCUGUUCCACGCCAUGGACACGCUGCAGCGGAACGGGUACGACCUGGCGCGGGCCAUGGCCACGCUGGUGCCGCAGGGGGGGCCGGUGCUGUGCCGGGACGAGAUGGAGGAGUGGUCGGCGUCCGAGGCCAUGCUGUUCGAGGAGGCCCUCGAGAAGUACGGCAAGGACUUCAACGACAUCCGGCAGGACUUCCUGCCCUGGAAGUCGCUGGCCAGCAUCGUCCAGUUCUACUACAUGUGGAAAACCACCGACCGCUACAUCCAGCAGAAGAGGCUGAAGGCAGCGGAGGCCGACAGCAAACUGAAGCAAGUCUACAUCCCCACCUACACCAAACCCAACCCCAACCAGAUCAUCUCGGUGGGCUCCAAACCCGGCGUGAACGGGGCCGGGUUCCAGAAGGGGCUGAGCUGCGAGAGCUGCCACACAUCCCAGUCCCCCCAGUGGUACGCCUGGGGGCCCCCCAACAUGCAGUGCCGGCUCUGUGCUUCCUGCUGGAUCUACUGGAAGAAAUACGGGGGGCUCAAGACGCCCACCCAGCUGGAGGGGGUGACCCGCAGCGCCUCGGUGAGCCCCCCCAAACCCCUGGGACCCCCAGUAGCCCCCUGA